AUGAAAGCUCUCCUGAAGACGGGCGCCAACAGUGACAUCACCNGUGACAUCACCCUGGUGGCUGGAGUUCAGGAGUUCAAGGUUCACAAGCUGCACCUGUCCACUCACUCGGCCGUCUUUGCAGCCAUGUUCCAGCACGAGAACACCAAAGAGACAAUUGAGAAGAAGGUGGUCAUUGAGGAUGUGUCUGCUGAAGUGAUGCGCACUCUGCUCCACUACAUUUACACAGGCACCGUUGAGAACAAGAAUGAUCUGUCUGUUGAGCUCUUCUCUGCAGCCGAUAAAUACGAGGUGAACGCCCUGAAGGAGGCCUGUGAGCGGCAGCUCUCCCUGAAGCUGACCACCGACUCGGUCUUCUCUGUUCUCAUGUACGCUGAUCUGCACAGUGCCACCAGGCUGAAGGAGAACUGCCUCAA